AAUGUUUCCAAUUAAUUGAUAAGUCUCAAUGAUGCAGUUUCAAAAUGAAUCCAACUCUACUUAGUUUGACAAAGAAAGACAAAUCAAAAGAAACCACUGAAGUUGAUUCAUCUUCUAGUAGUAACAAAUCAGAAUCAAAAAACUUUUCUGAGAACAGAUUUAAAGAGGGUUCAUUUAAAAAGUCAACACUGCCAGAGGUAAGUGAUCUUCAUAAAAUGGUUCGUGGUAAAGUGAAAGUAAAAGUCCUAAAUGGUAGAGAUUUGCAAAAUAAAGAAACAUUUCAAACUAGUGAUCCUUAUUGCAUGGUGGAGUUGUCUGGGAAACAGCAUAAAACCAAACACAUCAGCAGCAGUCUUAAUCCCGAUUGGAAUGAAGAAUUUGUUUUUGAUGUGUCCGGUGAUGAUACACUUGCAAUAUCUGUUUGGGAUAAAAAUACCCUAAAAAAAGAUGUCUUUAUGGGGUAUGCAUUUGUGGCAAUUGAUGACUGUAAACAAAAUCAAAAUACACCUAAGACUGCAAAUAUGCUUGGGGGAUGUAGUGGAACAAUUAAUUUGAUUAUUACACCUGAUUUUGAAACAAGAGCAUCCAAAAUUGACAGAAUGGGAACAGAGAUACAAAAAGCAUCCGUGGAUUCAAACAACAAUAAAGACGAGAUUGCUCGAUUAAAUGAUGAAUUAGGAAAAAUGUCAUCUGAAAAUGAUAGAUUUUCUGCAAAUAAUAAAAAAUUAGAGGAGGAAAAUAAAAAGUUUGAAGAGAACAAUAUUAGACUAGAGGCAUCAGUGAACAAGUUAGAAGGUGAAAAUAAAAAAUUUGAAGAAAACAACAAAAGGUUAGAGGAAUCUGUAAACAAAUUAGAAGGUGAAAAUAAGAAAUUUGAAGAAAACAACAAAAGAUUAGAAGAGUCUGUGAACAAAUUAGAAGGGGAAAAUAAAAAGUUUGAAGAAAACAACAAGAGAUUAGAAGAAUCUGUAAACAAAUUAGAAGGGGAAAACAAAAAAUUUGAAGAGAACAACAAAAGGUUAGAAGAGUCUGUGAACAAGUUAGAAAGUGAAAACAAGAAAUUUGAAGAAAACAACAAAAAAUUAGAGGAAUCAGUACACAAGUUAGAAGGUGAAAACAAGAAAUUUGAAGAAAACAACAAAAAGUUGGAGGAAUCAGUACACAAGUUAGAAGGUGAAAACAAGAAAUUUGAAGAAAACAACAAAAAAUUGGAGGAAUCGGUACACAAGUUAGAAGGUGAAAACAAGAAAUUUGAAGAAAACAACAAUAGAUUACAAGAGUCUGUAAAUAAACUUGAAGAGAACAAUAACAGAUUAGAAACUUCUGUAAAUCAGCUUGAAGAAAACAACAAGCGGUUGGAAGACUCAAUUGACAAGCUUGAAGGUGAAAACAAAAAGUUUGAAGAAAACAACAAAAAGUUAGAAGAAGAAAACAACCGCUUCCAAGAAAAUAAUGCAAAGUUAGAGUCAGAGGUUAACAGACUUGGUGGCGAAAUAAAUCGUUUGGAAGAAGAAAACAAUAAAUUUGCAGAAAAUAAUGAAAACCUUAAAAACAAUGUUUCAAAACUGGAAGGAGAAGUCACUAAAAUGUCACAUUUAAAUAAAGAAUAUGAAGUCAAUAAUAAAAAGCUUGAAGAUAACGUGAACAAGUUAGAGGGGGAACUACACAAAAUGGGAGAAGAAAAUAAAAAGUUCGAAGUUAAUAAUAAGAAGCUUGAGGAGCAAGUUAAUCAAUUGACAAGCGAAGUAGCGAAGAUGACAGAAGAAAACAAUAAAUUUUCUGAAAAUAACAACAAGUUGUCACAAGAAGUUACAAAAAUAUCUAAAGAAAACGAAAAGAUGGCUGAAAACAACAAAAAUUUAGCUGAUGAAAUUGCCCGACUGAAAGCAGAGAUUGAUAGAAUGGUUGAAGAGAACAGAAAAUUUGCUGAAAAUAAUGCAAAUCUUAAACAACAGGUAGAAAAAAUUACAGCAGAGAAUGAAAAGUUUUCAGAAAAUAACAAAAUGCUUGAAGAGCAAAACAACAUUUUCCAGGAAAAUAACAAAGAGCUGACAUCUACAGUUAGUGACCUUAAAGAGCAAGCUGACAAGUUUAAAGAUAUUUAUCAAAGAUUGCUAGCGGAAAAUGAAAAGUUAGCAAAAAUCAGAGAUGGCUUGCAAGAACAACUUACGGGAUUUCAAAAACUUCAAGAAAUGAUAUUUUCACAGUUAAACGAAAAAAUGAGAGCAAUGGAUCGAUCUUUACUUGAGAAGAUUGCUGUUGAUAUUGAAAUGUUGGAUGGUGACCAAGGUUUGUCAAAAGACGAAUUCGAUCGUUUUAUGAAGCGUGUUCCUACUCAUUUAAAACAAAAGUUUCAAAAAAUUGCCGACGAUUUUAGUAAGUUUGACAAAAACAAAGACAAUGUUAUCGAUUCAGAUGAAUUUGGAGCAAUGCUUGAUCAAGUCAUGGAAAGCGAAGGAAUGCAUAAAUAGAAAAAGUUGAAGCAAUAAAUUUGUGUUUUAUGAUGUUAGUGGUUUAGUGUGAUUUCUUUUUAAAGUUUUGCUAUUUUUGUAUUUUGCUAUAUUUUGUUAUUAUAUUUUUAUAUAGAAGUUGGGUUCAUGUAUAUAUUUGUUCAGAAUCAGGUUGUAUUUUUGUAGAGAUUUUUUAAUAAUUUUUUAAAUUUGAUACAAUGUUUUAUCUAGCAGUGAAGACAUUUUGGUUAGUCUAACAGGGAAAACAUUUAAAUUGGUCUAGGAGCCAACAUUUAGGUUUCGGUUGAUUUUGAUAUAGUAUUUUGACACGUGAUUUUUAUAAUAUUGUAUUUUUAUAUCGUAUAUUUUUGUGAAGAUUUUUUAUUUAUUAGUUUAUGUUAAUCGUUUCAUUAAAAAAAGUAAAACUCGAAAGUUUUUACUCAGA